GAAGGUAAGGAGGUUACGACAUAUUGGACACAAUAUCGGCGGCCCAACUUUAUGACCUUCCAAUUGUAGCAGCACUGUCUGGCAAGUACUGAAUAACUAGUUUUGUUUCUCAAUCAACUCAAUUUUGUUUCAAACAAACCUUUCCGGGUUAUUUUUCAUCAAUUCCUCUGAUUAUAUCUUUGAAAUUUUAAUUUCUAAUCGAAUUCAGCGACAACAUUUAGUGUUCAUAUAGUUGACCUUUUCUAAUAGGAUAGCCCACUUCACUUGAUGGAUAAAGCAUUCCUUGGAUGUAAAUUGUUGCAGGAUUUUUUUAGCUUGUGAUUGUGAACCCCAUUUACAGAGUUGGAACAGCCUUACGAGAUACUCUAUAUAUAUUGAGAUGUUAUAUUAUUAAAAUAUUUCUGUAUAAGUUGACAAUAUUAAAAUUAGUGUCUGUUGUGAAUAAUUCAGACGAUUAGUCUUAGAAUUUGAAGCAGUAAUUAUUAUAUAUUUAAAUAAAUGGUGAAAUUAGGGGGAGUGGAAAUGAAAAAAAAUUAAGUAAAUAAGGGAUGGGAUGAGGUAGGAAAUGAGGAGGGAGGAAUAGGAAUAGGAAUAGGAUGAGGGGGGAGACAGUGAGUGGAACGGGGGGGAUUAGGAAGAAGGGAACGGGAGUGAGAGCAUGGCUGGUGCUGGACGGAACGGGGGGGACGCAGGUGGUGGAGGCGGGGAAGCACGCGAUCAUGAGGAGGACGGGUCUGCCGGCGCGUGACCUGAGGAUAUUGGACCCUCUCCUCUCCUACCCUUCAACCCUUCUGGGGCGAGAGAGAGCCAUCGUCAUCAACUUGGAACACAUCAAAGCCAUCAUAACAGCGCAAGAAGUGCUUCUCCUCAAUUCCCGCGACCCCUCCGUCACCCCUUUCGUUCACGAGCUUCAAGCCCGCAUCCUACGUCACCACCAGGCCUCUUCUUCUAACCCCAAACUCUUCUCUCUCGAAGACCCUCCCAUUCAGGCCCAGCCCAACCAAGAUCUCCAGAAUCCCGAUGGCACCAAGAUUCUCCCCUUCGAGUUCGUAGCCCUUGAGGCCUGCCUCGAGGCUGCUUGUAGCGUCUUAGAAAACGAGGCUAAAACGCUGGAGCAGGAGGCUCAUCCCGCCUUGGAUAAGCUCACCUCGAAGAUUAGUACUCUCAAUUUGGAACGCGUCCGUCAAAUUAAGAGUCGUUUAGUCGCCAUCACUGGUCGUGUUCAGAAGGUAAGGGAUGAAUUGGAACACUUGCUGGAUGAUGAUGAAGAUAUGGCUGAGAUGUAUCUCACCGACAAGUUAGCUGAACAGCAGGUGGAAAGCUCUUCUGCCUCGUCCCUCAACGAACAAGACGAGGACGAUACCCAGAAUCUUGUUCAACCCGAUAUGGAUGACAGGACGGCUCCUGAAAUUUCAUUGGAAACUGCUGGAGCCACUGCAAGUUAUGACGACCAUCAAAAUGCUCACAACUCUGCCGACCAUAUGUUUGUCGCCUCUCAUCUACUUGCCAGGGACAGCCAUGGCCGUGGUAGCGCUACCUACAGUGCUGUAACUAAGCAACUUGAUGUAGAGGAGCUUGAGAUGCUCCUGGAAGCUUACUUUGUGCAGAUCGAUGGCACAUUGAACAAGCUAUCUACGCUGAGGGAGUACGUUGAUGACACAGAGGAUUACAUCAACAUCAUGCUGGAUGACAAACAGAACCAUCUCCUCCAAAUGGGAGUUAUGUUGACCACAGCAACCCUGGUUGUGAGUGCCUUUGUUGUUGUGGCUGGUGUUUUUGGCAUGAAUAUUCAUAUUGAACUAUUUGAUACUGAAAUAUCUGGGAUGAGAGAAUUCCUCUGGACUGUUGGUGGCAGUACUGCGGGGACCAUAUUCUUGUAUGUGGUUGCCAUUGCCUGGUGUAAGCACAAACGCUUACUGGAGUAACCGGGCACCCAAUUGUGCUCCAUAAAGAAAUGUAAUAAUAUAAUUUGAAAAUUACCUUUUUCUCUUGUGCUAUAAUUUUUUAUUCCGGACCGUUAUAGUGUCCGCUUGCUUCCUGUUCUUGUAUACUUUGUUCAUCCGUGGACAGAAACAUCGAUUUUAUGCGCACAUGCUACCUUCCAAUAACACUUAUGUUAUUUCCACAAAGAUUUCCCUCUAGAAUUCACAAAUUUUUCAUCAC